GAGCAGUUCCUCACAGCGUGCACCUCUGCCGCCCUCUCCCGCCUUCCCGUCCCGCCGGCUGUCCCAGCUCAUCCCGCCAGCCCCGCUCCUUCCCCUCCCAUCCGCAGUCACCCGCGCGCGGUCCCAGCCGCUCACCCUCGGGCCGACCUCCCUCCCCUCCCCCGCCCGGGGAAGCCUGGCCGCUCCCCCCCUUCCCUGCUGCAGUCGCCGCCAGGGCUCCGGCUGUGCUCGGCGGCUGCUGCGCUCUCUGGGGCUGGCCGGCCGGCGGUGGCGAUCUCGCUCUCUCCCGCUGAACUGGGGACCAGCUGGCAAAUACGGAUUAUGAAGUAGAGGCGAGUAGAGCACCUAUUGCCUGUCCGCGUAGGAAGUUUUUGGAGCCGUGGAUGUGGGCAGGUUUUCACCUGUCUCUCGCGUGCUAACAGACCUGAGCGCUGGAGUUUACGGAACAGCUGUUUGGAGCCUCAGCGGGAAAAGCCCCUGGAGUCCUUUUUAUAAAACGAGCUCAUCUGCAAGAGAAAUGGAAAAAGUAAAGGCAGCAGGCAACUCUAGAAUCGCGUUUAAGGAACUAUCUAUUGAGAGAGAUACGUCCAAAAAAAAUGUUUGAGAGCAACACACAUUAACACAAUGGGACGUAUAUUGCUGCUAUUGAUGCUUUCCAUUCCCAUAUUAUGUUUGACUGAUGGAGCCGAAACAGAACAAGAUUUCACCUGGCACUUGAAGAACGUACCCCAGAUUGUGAGUGAACGGACUUUUGCCCUUGACAGCCCUAAAUUUGAGGCAAAAGCCAAAUUAGAGCUGAGUAAUGUGUGUGGAAUUGAAUGCCAAAGGAGACUCCCAGUGCCAAGCUUGUCUGACCUGAAGGAGUUUCUGUCCUAUGAGACUGUUUUUGAGAAUGGCACACGGACCCUGACUCAUGUGAAUGUUCUAGGGCUAGCAGUUGACGCAGCCAACACCACUACCGCAAAAACGUCCUCAAGAAGAAAGAGGCAGAUAUAUGGCACAGACAGCAGAUUCAGUAUCUCUGACAAGAGGUUCAUGACCAACUUCCCUUUCAGCACAGCUGUGAAGAUUUCCACAGGCUGCAGUGGCAUUCUUAUUUCCCCCAUGCACGUUCUAACAGCAGCUCGCUGUAUUCAUAAUGGCAAGGAUUACAUCAAGGGCAGCAAAAAGCUGAGGGUGGGAUUGCUGAAGAUGAGAUCUAAAGGUGAGGGCAAGAAACGCAGAGGUGCUCAAAGGGGUAAGAGAGAUGUUUCUGUGGCAAGAGAUCACAGUGAGCAUACCACAGAAUUGAAGCAGAGAUCCAAAGGUCGUGGCAGAAAACAAAAGGCAACAGGGAGGAGUCGGAAAACCUCUGAUAGUAAACCUUCCUUCCAGUGGACCAGAGUAAAGAGUACCCAGAUCCCAAAAGGCUGGUUUGAAGGUGUAACUGGGGAUGUUUCCCUGGAUUACGAUUAUGCUGUUCUUGAGCUCAAGCGCCCUCACAAAAAGAAAUAUAUGGAGCUGGGAAUCAGCCCAACAAUCAGAAAGAUGCCUGGUAGCAUGAUCCACUUCUCAGGUUUUGAUGAUGAUCGAUCUGGGCAGCUGGUCUAUCGAUUUUGUAGUGUGUCUGAUGAAUCCAGUGAUCUCUUCUACCAGUACUGUGAUGCUGAGCCUGGGUCUAUUGGGUCUGGAGUCUAUCUCCGCCUUAAAGAGCCAAACAAGAAGAAAUGGAAACGCAAAAUCAUUGCUGUUUAUGCAGGUCAUCAGUGGAUGGAUGUAAAUGGUAUGCAGCAGGAUUAUAAUGUAGCAGUACGAAUUACUCCUCUCAAGUAUGCCCAGAUUUGUUUCUGGAUACAUGGGAAUGAUGAGAAUUGUACACAAGGCUGAUAAAAGCUGAAACUAGAUCUAGCACCUAUAACAUAAUAAAGUAAAAACUUGCCCUAAUAAUUAUUGGAAAAGCAUCACCCCGUAUCAGGAAUUAUUUGAACUUGAAGCCUGCAAAUAUUUUGAUGUAUUGAGUAUUGCUACUCUUAGAGGGUUAGAAUUUUCAAAUACAUUUUUUAAUUAUAUAGUAAUCAACACAUGACAUGCAUUUAUAAUCCAAAACUCUAUUUAUGUUUAAAAUUAUGAUAAAUUCAAAUUGUUCUCAUUAGAAAAAAGUGACUUCACUUGUUUAAUUUUUUAAAGGGAAGUAUUGAAACUUCUCAAACUGAUACUAUUAAACAAUGUGUGGGUUUUUUAAAAAAUACAUUUCCCUUGAUUUUCUCAGGGUUCUGCUCCAACAAGCAUCUUCUAGUAUGCAAGUAGCACAUAUCUUAUAUAAUAGCAUGCGCAGAAUGAUACAAAUUGUGAAAAAUUUGAGUAAACUAACCUUAAUUAGUUUGAUCUUACCCCAAAGAGCAUAUGUACACUCUGAGGGCAUGUCUACACUUAGCGUGGAUCGAUGCUGUGGUGAUUGAUCCACCGGGGGUCAGUUUAGUGGGUCUAGUGAAGGCCUGCUAAAUUGACCACAGAUUGCUCUCCCAUCGAUGACUGUACUCCACUUGCAUGAGAAGCAUAAGGUAAGUCGAUGGGAGAAACUCUUCCUUGGACCCAGCACGGUUUAGACACUGCAAUAAGUUGACCUAAGCUACGUCGACUCCAGCUACGUUAUUCUUGUAGCUGGAGUUGCAUAACUUAGAUCGACUUAACCCUGUAGUGUAGUGUAUUCUGAAAGGUGAUUACCUAGUUCAUACUUACUAGCUUGGGUGCCUUACAAACUCUUCCAUGGAAAUUCUAAAUUGCUGUAGCUGAUAAUGAAUCCUAAAAACAAUGAAUUUCAUUUCACUGCAUUCUAAAAUAGCAAAGAGUUUAAUGAAUGUAGCAGUUCUGUUUGGAAUAAGGAAGAACCAUAUGGGUUUAAUUUAAUGCCUUUAAGUCUAGUUUGAGAAGGUAUGCAAAGCUGGAGAAUAUGAAACAUGCAUUUUAAUAUUUGGAGACAAGUAGGUUUAAUGUAUAAUAUAUUAAACCUUUCCAUCAGGUGAAGUAUUCUGUAGUUGUCUUUAUCAGGAAGCGGCUCUGUGACAACAGUUUAAAGCUUCAAAAAAGAUUUUUGGGUGCUAAACAUUUUAACAGCUUUUGUAACUACUUUUAUAAGAGUUCAGCUGUCAUAGAUAGGCUACAGUAUAUCAGCUUGGGAGUUGGAAAGCAAUGUUCUUUUUCAUACAAUUCUAGAAGCUGGAUAGUUCUAAUCCCAUCAUAUUCAGACCUCAUCAACAUGAGUUAUAGGGAGAGAAGAUAAUCCUCCCAUGCUAAAUCAUGUUAUGCCACCUAAUGAAAUGAUAGGCGAGUUAUCCUGUAAAUGCAAUAGAUAUCUUACUAGGUAGCAAUACUGCUAAUCAGAUAAGUUGGCUCAUUUCUGCUACUGGAGCACAGAAUUAAUACAGAGGGUAUUUCUAUGAAGUGAGCCUGAUUGUUUAACAUUUGUAUACAAGUAUCACUAUUUUUUUUUGUUAUCAGUUGUUCUCGAUUGCUUCGCAUAUAAUCUAAUCCUGUGCAUUUCAAAGUCUUAGUGUAACAAACAAGACUGUCAGGAUGCUAAUUUAAUCUAAUAAUGUAAAAUUUAAAUGCUAUAUGCAUUUGUUUAUUACUGUUAAAGUUAUUCAAUAUUUCAGGAUUUAAUUUGCUGUGAUAAUUCGCUUGCAUCAACCAAAAUUCAUUUUCUUUACCAGUCUAGAAGAAAAUAAACAAGAAUUUUUUAGAUAUUUUUGGCUUGCUCUAUCUUUAAAAUUACAUGUGAUGCUGCACAUUUAUACUUGAUAUGUUUUGAUGAAGAAGAUUUUUUUUAAUGAUUGAAAACAAAAUCUGGCACUUUUGAUUUGCAGGUGACUUUACCAUUGUAUUUCUAAAGCAUGAACAUUUGAGGUUUAUUUGUCUACCAUAAACAAAACCUAUUUUGAACUCUUGCAAUAUUUCACUCUAAAUGAAGUCUCACUCUAAAUUAAUUUUUUUUUUUUUUUUUUUUUUUUUUUUUUUUUUAUAAUUUAGGCCCUGUCUCUGUAAACAGUUAAAUUCAUGCUUUGCUUUACUCACAUGACUGUCUGAUUGCAGAAACAGUACUAUAAUCUGUAAAGCUUGGAAAAUGUCUAAGGUACAGUUAAAGAUUAAUGUUACCUUAUUUCUUCUGCAAUACCUCUAAAUAUUGCUCCUCCAUUAAAAGUAAUUUAAAAUCACCUCAGUACAGUAUUUGUACCUGCUACCUCAUACCCCUGUAGCACAGAUCUAAAGCAUUAUUUAGAGUGAACUAUAAUGCUUUACUUAAGUGUAGAAUUUUUAACUUAUUCUAAAAAAAUUAAAUGCCAGUUCCUCAGCUGGUGUAAAUCAGCAUAGCUUCAUUGACUAACACAGUUACACUAGCUUCUGAUCUAGCCCUAAAUCCAUCAUAAUUUAAAUUGGUGACUUAUUCCUUAUGAUGGUAAGGCUUAGUAUGCCUCUGUUUAGUAUGACAGAAGUGACAGUCUGUUUUCAUAUUAGCUUGAGAAUAUGGGGGAAAAGCAUGAAUGAUGAACGAUGACAGUAGCAGAUGUCAACUGACUUUAUUUGAUUAAGUAUCUGCUGCAAGUACGGCAACCUGAUCUCUUUCCUAGUAUACAACAAAUACAUGAACAAAUUAACUUCAGUACCCAGAAUGGUAAUGGAGCAAAUAAUCAAGCAAUCAAUUUGCAAACACCUAGAAGAUAA